UAACAAUGUAUUUGAUAAACUUUUCGCUUUUGGUUAUUUUAAUUCUCUUCGUGGUUCCUUUCUCGGAUGCUUACAACGAAAUUCUCAAGAGAAAAAGUAGUGGUUAUUGCCCGAGUGCUUUGCUUUCUGCUACCUCAGAGGUUGACAUAAAAGGCCAGAUGAGCUUUUACCAAAGCCCUUCUGGAGAAGUAUGGCUACAAGGCGAUUAUCAAUGGGGCUUUCAAGACCCUAAAA